AAUCCUAUAUAUACGCUUGCACUCUCUUCUCGAACCUCCAGUCUAGCAAUACCUCUCAUAGCCUAUAAGGCUAUCGCAAGCAAGAGCCUACUGCCUCGCCUUCCCUUCAAUGGCUUUAUUUAAUCAAUUUCGAUGUUUGCCACCAGCACUGGCACCAACACCAGCACCAGCACCGGCUUGGACUGACACCAGAAACAUCACCGGCGGCAACACCCAAAGCGGCAAUGCCACCGGUGGCAAUGCCACCAACACCAACUUUACUGCCGUCGACUUCUCCAAAACCAACUUAACCGGCGCCAACACCCAAGGCAGCAACGUUGGCAUCGGCAAGUUCACCAGCGGCAAGUUCACUAGCUGCAACUUCACCAACGGCAACACCACCACCCGCUACACUACUGCCGGCAACGCCACCACCGGCGACACCAUCGGUGCCACCUUCACCAACGGCAACUUUGCCGGUGCCAGCUUAAACGGCGCCAACACCCAAGGCGGCAACUCCACUGCUGGCAACGUGUUCCAUUCAUAGUUGGUUAAGCUUCCAUUAUCAACAAAAAAUCAAAUAAGAGAUAUGUUGCAUUUAGAAGUUUGUGCUGUCCACAAUAAGGCCAAUUAUCAUAUGCAUUAUAAGGCCAAUAAUCAGAUGCGCGUCUAUUUGUAACAUAGAAGUUUGUUUUAUGAACAAUAGGCCUGUAAUCAAAUAUAGGUCAUGUUUAGAAGCUUGUAUUAUCUACAAUAUGGCCAAUUAUCAAAUAUGGUGUGUUGUAAGGCCAAUAAUCUGAUAAGUUGUGCUAUUUGUAACACUGAAACUUGUAUUGGAAACGAUAAAGCCAAUAUAUAUA